GAAAAAAGGCGCCUUCCACCAACGAUGGGUUUGAAUCAGCAAAAUCGACGAGGUGCAUAUAUAGUUCAAUCAAGUGUUGAAGACGGUAGUGACGGUAGUUCACAGCCUGAAAUAGUUAAAAUGCGUGAUAAAAAAAAGCCUCUAAGAAACGGCAAUCAGGUUUAUCGUUUUCGACCAUUAAGUACCAAUUCGAUUGCUUCAACUGCUGCUUCUUAUACGACACCGGAUCCGAAAUGGAGGAAUUCGCAUGUAUCUUCGGCUCCAUCAACAGCCUCUGGACAGGCUUCUGCUCGUGAUCCAGCGUUAAUGUUAGAUGCAAAUACGUAA